AAGAUGAUACUUGGUGAGGAGGGCAUUACUGUAAUAGAAUCCCAAGAAUCAAGAAUCUCAUCCUGUUUGAAAGGCUCAGCUCAACCCAUUAAAUUUACAGUGCCUGCCAUUCAUUCCUCUCCCUCUUCUUGAUUAUAUACACACAAUUCAAUCAUCUUUAACACCCCAAUCAUUAUAUAAUAUAUACAUGAGUUGAAUAUGUAUGUACAGAGUUUAUAUACUUCAAUGGAGGCAUCAAAAAGCUUGCUUUCUUCUUCCUCUCAAUUCCCUCCUCGCUCAUUGCCUAAACUUUUUUCUUCAGCUCUGAAGCUACAUGAACAACCUACUCAUGUACUUAACUCAGUGCAAACUACAUCUUUAGCUCCAACUUUCCCUUCCUCUGCGUGUACUCAGGUGCAGCCAGAUGACGUUAAGCCUUUGUUGCAGAUAGACAAAACAUACCAGGAAACAUUGGAUGGGGAACAACUCAAAACCGGAUUCACAGUACACGAAGAGAAUAGCACUGUUGAUCCGGAUAAUUUUCUUCAUGAAUUCCAACAGCAAUUGCUGCAGCGGCAAGGUUUAUGGUAUUUAUUACCAUCCUCGCAGACAGGAAGUAUGCCAUCCUCAACUUUUAGUGAUCAGUGUGGUGGUGCAAUUAAUAAGUCUACAGGAGUUGAACCAUGUGAUGUGCUUGCCCUUGCAAAAGAAGCUUUGCAAGCCUCUAAAAAGGCCGUCUUAUUAGCUGAAGACCAUAAACCAUCUGGCGCUAAUCUCGAGGAAUCCCGUACCAUAAGUUUAGGAUCUAUGACAUCGGCCGGUUUCUCGGGCGAGCAGGCCAGGACUGUAAGGUCAACACGUCGUCUGGAGAGACAAUCUAAGAAAAGAAGGUAUCCUGAGAAAAGAGAAAUGUUUCAAGAUAAAAGAGUCAACCAUCCUAGAAGUAAAAGUAAGGCAUCUGAUUCUGAUGAUCCUCUCCGAUUAUUCACAUGGGUUCCAGAAACCAAAAAACUGUUGACUGCCAAAGAAGAAUCAGAGUUGAUUGUUCACAUACAGGAGUUGAUGAGAUUAGAGGAAGUGAAAGGUAGGCUACAUGCUCAGUUUGGGCGUGAACCAACUCUGGUUGAAUGGGCUGAUGCUGUUGGGCUUACUUGUCGAGCCUUGAAGUCGCAAAUGCACUGUAGUAACAAGAGCAGGGAGAAGUUAAUAUAUGCCAACUUCCGAUUAGUGGUUCAUAUAGCAAAGCAGUUCAACGGCCGUGGGCUUAAUCUUCAGGAUUUAUUGCAGGAGGGAAGCAUGGGCUUGAUGUGGAGUAUCAAAAAGUUUAAACCCCAAGCUGGCUGCAGAUUUGCUACUUAUGCUUACUGGUGGAUACGACAGUCAAUUAGGAAGUCUAUUUUUCAACAUUCUAGGACAAUCCGUUUGCCGGACAGUGUAUAUGGACUACUGUACAAAGUAACGGAAGCAAAGAGACAAUGCAUCCAAGAAGGGCACCAUCGUCCAACCAAAGAGCAAAUUGCAGCUCGUUGUGGAAUCACAGUUGAUAAGUUGCAAAGACUGCUAUGUGUAGUAAGAACGCCUCUUUCAAUGGAACAGGCUGUGUGGGCAGAACAGAAUACCACAUAUCAGCAAAUUACUGCUGACAAGGCAGUUGAGACCCCAAAAGAGGCUGUGGAAAAGCAACUUAUGAGGCAACACGUACGCAACUUACUCGGUGUCCUUAAUCCAAAAGAGAGGAAAAUUAUGCAGCUGAGAUACGGCAUUUUAGGAGGUAAAUCAAAAACGCUGUCCGACAUAGGUGAUGUUUUUGGUUUGUCCAAGGAACGAGUGCGACAGCUAGAAAGCCGAUCGCUAUACAAACUGAGGCAGCAUCUAGAGAGUGAAGGUUUGGCUGCCUAUGAAGAGUUGCUUUUUAGGAAUUAAAAUUUCACUUGUUAAUCACUUCACUAGUUUAGGUUGGACUCGGGGAUGAGACGAAUCCUGGUACUGUCUCAUAAGAAGAGUGCAAUGGUGCAAGUGAAUAAUGUAGAUAAUAUUUUUUGAAUGUCUACCUUCUGUUGAUAACUUUUGUUGGUGUUAUAGAGCCAUACCAAUGUACAGGGAACUAAUGAAUAUAUCAAUUUUCAAUUUUAUAUUUUAUUUACUA